CGCGCCGCCGCAGUGCCGGCAGCCGCCGAGCGCGCCAGGGGCUCAGCGCCUGCAGCGCCCGCCUUCUCUCCGGCGCCCGGCGCGGGCAGCCACGUGGACCGAUCCGGCGCGCCGCUUCGCGUGCUUCCAGGGGGCUCCCCGCGUCUCCGCGCUCCCCCACGCCGCAGCUCCGUCCCCAUGGCGGCCCUGGUGUUGGAAGAUGGCUCGGUCCUGCGGGGCCAGCCCUUCGGGGCCGCCGUGUCGACGGCCGGCGAAGUAGUGUUUCAGACCGGCAUGGUCGGCUACCCCGAGGCCCUCACCGACCCCUCGUACGAAGCACAGAUCCUGGUGCUGACGUACCCGCUCAUCGGCAACUACGGCAUCCCCAGGGACGAGCUGGAUGAGUUCGGCCUCAGCAAGUGGUUUGAGUCCUCGGGGAUCCACGUGGCAGGACUGGUGGUGGGAGAGUGCUGCCCCACGCCGAGCCACUGGAGCGCCGCCUGCACCCUGCACGAGUGGCUGCAGCAGCAUGGCAUCCCGGGCCUGCAAGGAGUGGACACCCGGGAGCUGACAAAGAAGUUACGGGAACAAGGGUCUCUGCUGGGGAAGCUGGUCCAGGAUGGGACAGAUCCUUCAACCCUGCCAUUCUUGGACCCCAAUGCCCGCCCCCUGGUCCCAGAGGUGUCCAUUAAGACCCCACAGGUGUUCAAUGCAGGAGGUAGCCCUCGGAUCCUGGCUCUGGACUGUGGCCUCAAGUAUAACCAGAUCCGCUGCCUUUGCCGGCGCGGGGCCGAAGUCACUGUAGUGCCCUGGGACACAGCACUGGACAGUCAGGAGUACGAGGGCCUCUUCCUAAGCAAUGGCCCGGGCGACCCUGCCUCCUACCCCAGUGUGGUGUCCACACUGAGCCGCGUCUUGUCUAAACCUAACCCCCGACCCAUCUUUGGGAUCUGCCUGGGACACCAGCUCUUGGCCCUAGCCAUUGGGGCCAAGACUUACAAGAUGAGAUAUGGGAACCGAGGGCAUAACCAGCCCUGCCUGCUGGUGGGCUCCGGGCGCUGCUUCCUGACAUCCCAGAACCACGGAUUUGCCGUGGAAACAGACUCGCUGCCAGCAGGCUGGGCGCCUCUCUUCACCAACGCCAACGAUCGAUCCAACGAGGGCAUUGUGCACGACAGCCUGCCCUUCUUCAGUGUCCAGUUUCACCCAGAGCACCAAGCCGGCCCUUCAGAUAUGGAGCUGCUUUUCGAUAUCUUUCUGGAAACUGUGAAAGAGGCCUCAGCCGGGAACCCUGGGGGCCGGACAGUUCGCGAACGGCUGGCUGAGCGCCUGUGUCCCCCUGGGGUCCCCACCCCAGGCUCUGGCCUCCCACCACCACGAAAGGUGCUGAUCCUGGGCUCAGGGGGCCUCUCCAUCGGCCAGGCGGGAGAGUUUGACUAUUCGGGCUCUCAGGCAAUCAAGGCCCUGAAGGAGGAAAACAUCCAGACCUUGCUAAUCAACCCCAACAUCGCCACGGUGCAGACCUCUCAGGGGCUGGCCGACAAGGUCUACUUCCUUCCCAUCACGCCGCACUACGUGACCCAGGUGAUACGCAACGAGCGCCCGGAUGGCGUGCUACUGACCUUCGGCGGCCAGACAGCUCUGAACUGUGGCGUAGAGCUGACCAAGGCCGGAGUACUGGCCCGGUAUGGGGUCCGGGUGCUGGGCACACCCGUGGAGACCAUUGAGCUGACUGAGGACCGACGGGCCUUCGCGGCUCGGAUGGCAGAGAUUGGGGAGCAUGUGGCCCCCAGUGAGGCGGCGAGCUCUCUUGAACAGGCCCAGGCGGCUGCCGAGCGGCUGGGGUACCCCGUGCUGGUCCGGGCAGCCUUUGCCCUGGGUGGCCUGGGCUCUGGCUUCGCUUCUAAUAAGGAGGAACUCUCUGCUCUGGUGGCCCCAGCUUUCGCCCAUACCAGCCAAGUGCUGGUAGACAAAUCCCUGAAGGGCUGGAAGGAGAUUGAGUACGAGGUGGUGAGAGACGCCUACGGCAGCUGUGUCACGGUGUGUAACAUGGAAAACUUGGACCCACUGGGCAUCCACACUGGGGAAUCCAUUGUGGUGGCCCCGAGCCAGACGCUGAACGACAGGGAGUAUCAGCUGCUGCGGCAGACAGCCAUCAAGGUGACCCAGCACCUGGGAAUCGUUGGGGAGUGCAACGUGCAGUACGCCUUGAACCCCGAGUCUGAACAGUAUUACAUCAUCGAAGUGAAUGCCAGACUCUCUCGCAGCUCUGCCCUGGCCAGUAAGGCCACCGGCUAUCCACUGGCCUACGUGGCAGCCAAGCUGGCUUUGGGCAUUCCUCUGCCUGAGCUCAGGAACUCCGUGACGGGGGGAACGGCAGCCUUCGAGCCCAGCCUGGAUUACUGCGUGGUGAAGAUUCCUCGCUGGGACCUCAGCAAAUUCCUGCGCGUCAGCACCAAGAUCGGGAGCUGCAUGAAGAGUGUUGGUGAAGUCAUGGGCAUUGGGCGUUCCUUUGAGGAGGCCUUCCAGAAAGCCCUGCGCAUGGUGGAUGAGAACUGUGUGGGUUUUGAUCACACCGUGAAGCCAGUCAGUGAUAUGGAGCUAGAGACGCCAACAGAUAAGCGGAUCUUUGUGGUGGCCGCUGCCCUGUGGGCGGGUUACUCGGUGGAGCGCCUGUACGAGCUCACCCGCAUCGACCGCUGGUUCCUGCACCGGAUGAAGCGCAUCGUAGCACACGCCCAGCUGCUGGAGCAGCACCGAGGGCAGCCUCUGCCGCCGAACCUGCUGCACCAGGCCAAAUGCCUUGGCUUCUCGGACAAGCAGAUUGCCCUUGCCGUUCUGAGCACAGAGCUGGCUGUUCGCAAGCUGCGUCAGGAGCUGGGGAUCUGCCCAGCAGUGAAACAGAUCGACACGGUUGCAGCCGAGUGGCCAGCCCAGACGAAUUACCUGUACCUGACCUACUGGGGCAACAGCCACGACCUCACCUUCCAGACGCCUCACGUCCUCGUCCUGGGCUCCGGCGUCUACCGGAUCGGCUCCAGCGUCGAGUUCGACUGGUGUGCCGUGGGCUGCAUCCAGCAGCUGCGAAAGAUGGGCUACAAGACCAUCAUGGUGAACUACAACCCGGAGACCGUUAGCACCGACUAUGACAUGUGCGAUCGACUGUACUUCGACGAGAUCUCUUUCGAGGUGGUGAUGGACAUCUAUGAACUAGAAAACCCCGAAGGUGUGAUCCUGUCCAUGGGCGGGCAGCUGCCCAACAACAUGGCCAUGGCUUUGCACCGGCAGCAGUGCCGGGUGCUGGGCACCUCCCCUGAAGCCAUUGACUCUGCUGAGAACCGAUUCAAGUUCUCUCGGCUCCUCGACACCAUCGGCAUCAGUCAGCCCCAGUGGAGGGAGCUCAGCGAUCUAGAGUCUGCGCGCCAGUUCUGUCAGACCGUGGGGUACCCCUGCGUGGUCCGCCCCUCCUACGUGCUGAGCGGGGCUGCCAUGAACGUGGCCUACACCGACGGGGACCUGGAGCGCUUCCUGAGCAGCGCAGCAGCCGUCUCCAAGGAGCACCCCGUGGUCAUCUCCAAGUUCAUCCAGGAGGCCAAGGAGAUUGACGUGGACGCCGUGGCCUGCGAUGGUGUGGUGGCAGCCAUCGCCAUCUCUGAGCACGUGGAGAACGCAGGUGUGCAUUCAGGCGAUGCCACGCUGGUGACGCCCCCACAAGACAUCACCGCCAAAACCCUGGAGCGGAUCAAAGCCAUCGUGCACGCAGUGGGGCAGGAGCUGCAGGUCACAGGACCCUUCAACCUGCAGCUCAUUGCCAAGGACGACCAGCUGAAGGUCAUCGAGUGCAACGUGCGUGUCUCCCGCUCCUUCCCCUUUGUCUCCAAGACGCUGGGCGUGGACCUCGUAGCCCUGGCCACACGGGUCAUCAUGGGAGAAAAGGUGGAACCCGUGGGGCUCAUGACUGGCUCCGGAGUCGUGGGGGUGAAGGUGCCUCAGUUCUCCUUCUCUCGCCUGGCGGGGGCAGAUGUGGUGCUGGGAGUGGAGAUGACCAGCACCGGGGAGGUGGCCUGCUUUGGGGAGAGCCGCUGCGAGGCCUACCUGAAGGCCAUGCUGAGCACCGGCUUCAAGAUCCCCAAGAAGAACAUCCUGCUCACCAUUGGCAGCUACAAGAACAAAAGUGAGCUGCUUCCUACCGUGCGGCUGCUGGAGAGUCUGGGCUACAGCCUCUACGCCAGCCUGGGCACAGCUGACUUCUACACGGAGCACGGCGUCAAGGUAACAGCUGUGGACUGGCACUUCGAGGAGGCCGUGGAUGGGGAGUGCCCGCCGCAGCGAAGCAUCUUGGAGCAGCUGGCCGAGAAUCACUUUGAGCUGGUGAUUAACCUGUCCAUGCGUGGGGCUGGCGGCCGGCGCCUCUCUUCCUUUGUCACCAAGGGCUACCGCACCCGCCGCCUGGCCGCCGACUUCUCCGUGCCCCUCAUCAUCGACAUCAAGUGCACCAAACUCUUUGUGGAGGCCCUGGGCCAGAUUGGGCCCGCCCCUCCUCUGAAGGUGCACGUUGACUGCAUGACCUCUCAGAAGCUUGUGCGCCUACCUGGGCUGAUUGAUGUCCAUGUGCACCUGCGGGAGCCAGGAGGCACGCACAAGGAGGACUUUGCCUCGGGCACUGCUGCUGCCCUGGCUGGGGGCGUCACCAUGGUGUGCGCCAUGCCGAAUACCCGGCCCCCCAUCAUCGAUGCACCUGCCCUGGCCCUGGCCCAGAAGCUGGCAGAGGCUGGCGCCCGCUGUGACUUUGCCCUGUUUCUGGGAGCCUCAUCCGAAAACGCAGGGACCCUGGGCGCCGUGGCUGGGUCUGCCGCAGGGCUGAAGCUCUACCUCAAUGAGACCUUCUCCGAGCUGCGGCUGGACAGCGUGGCCCAGUGGAUGGAGCACUUCGAGACAUGGCCUGCCCACCUCCCCAUCGUGGCCCACGCAGAGCGGCAGAGCGUUGCCGCCGUCCUCAUGGUGGCUCAGCUGACCGAGCGCCCCGUGCACAUUUGUCACGUGGCACGGAAGGAGGAGAUCCUGCUGAUCAAAGCCGCGAAAGCGCGAGGGCUGCCGGUGACCUGCGAGGUGGCACCGCACCACCUGUUCCUGAGCCGCGAUGACCUGGAGCGCCUGGGGCCUGGCAAGGGCGAGGUACGGCCCGAGCUUGGCUCCCGCCAGGACGUGGAGGCCCUCUGGGAGAACAUGGAUGUCAUUGACUGCUUUGCCUCAGACCACGCCCCCCACACCCUGGAGGAGAAGUGCGGGCCCAGGCCUCCCCCUGGCUUCCCAGGGCUGGAGACCAUGCUGCCGCUGCUGCUGACGGCCGUGAGCGAGGGCCGGCUCAGCCUGGACGACCUGCUGCAGCGGCUGCACCACAAUCCGCGGAGGAUCUUCCACCUGCCUCCCCAGGAGGACACCUACGUGGAGGUGGACCUGGAGCACGAGUGGACAGUCCCCAGCCACAUGCCCUUCUCCAAGGCCCACUGGACUCCCUUUGAAGGGCAGAAGGUGAAGGGCACCGUCCGCCGUGUGGUGCUGCGAGGGGAGGUGGCCUACAUCGACGGGCAGGUGCUGGUGCCUCCGGGCUAUGGACAGGACGUUCGGAAGUGGCCACAGGGCGCUGCUCCCCAGCUCCAGCCCCCAGCCCCUGCCUCCAGUGAGAUGACCACGACUCCCGAGAGGCCCCGACGGGGCGUCCAAGGACUUCCCGACAGCCGCUUCCACCUGCCACCCCGGAUCCACAGGGCCUCCGACCCAGGGCUGCCAGCCACGUUCCUCCGCCUGGGAGCUGGGACCCCCCGGGGCAGCAGAGUGUGGGCUGAGGAUCCCAAGGAGAAGCCCUCUCGGAAGGCAGCUGAGCCAGAGCUGAUGGGAACCCCUGAUGGCACCUGCUACCCUCCACCACCAGUUCCCAGACAGGCAUCGCCCCAGAACCUGGGGGCCCCCGGCCUGCUGCACCCCCAGACCUCACCCCUGCUGCACUCACUAGUGGGCCAACAUAUCCUGUCUGUCAAGCAGUUCACCAAGGAUCAGAUGUCUCACCUGUUCAAUGUGGCGCACACUCUGCGGAUGAUGGUGCAGAAGGAGAGGAGCCUCGACAUCCUCAAGGGGAAGGUCAUGGCCUCCAUGUUCUACGAGGUGAGCACACGGACCAGCAGCUCCUUUGCCGCGGCCAUGGCGCGGCUGGGGGGCGCAGUGCUCGGCUUCUCGGAGGCCACGUCCUCUGUGCAGAAGGGCGAGUCGCUGGCCGACUCCGUGCAGACCAUGAGCUGCUACGCGGACGUCGUCGUGCUCCGGCACCCCCAGCCCGGUGCCGUGGAGCUGGCGGCCAAGCACUGCCGGAGGCCGGUGAUCAACGCCGGGGACGGGGUUGGCGAGCACCCCACCCAGGCCCUGCUGGACAUCUUCACCAUCCGGGAGGAGCUGGGCACUGUCAACGGCAUGACGAUCACCAUGGUGGGGGACCUGAAGCACGGGCGCACCGUGCACUCCCUGGCCUGCCUGCUCACCCAGUACCGCGUCAGCCUGCGCUACGUGGCGCCCCCCAGCCUGCGCAUGCCAUCCAGCGUGUGGGACUUUGUGGCGUCCCGCGGCACCAAGCAGGAGGAGUUUGAGAGCAUCGAGGAAGCACUGCCUGACACCGACGUGCUCUACAUGACCCGGAUCCAGAAGGAGCGGUUCGGCUCUGCCCAGGAGUAUGAAUCUUGCUUCGGUCAGUUCAUCCUCACUCCCCACAUCAUGACCCGGGCCAAGAAGAAGAUGGUGGUGAUGCACCCCAUGCCCCGAGUCAACGAGAUAAGCGUGGAGGUGGACUCGGACCCCCGGGCGGCCUACUUCCGCCAGGCCGAGAACGGCAUGUACAUCCGCAUGGCUCUGUUAGCCACCGUGCUGGGCCGUUUCUAGGGCCUGGCGAGGAACCCCGUGCCCCCCACGGGGGCAGCGCUCCUGGUAGAUGGUCGGGAGCGUCCAGAAGCUCACAUGCAGCUGCCUCGUGUGGGCGCACUCAGACGCUGGGGCCCCCACCGGCCCUGCUUCCACGGCUGCACCCCGCUGUGCAGUCGCUUUUCUACUGACAUUAAUAAACAGCUGAGCUGCC